AUGUUGGUGGCAAGCGCCGGUGUGGCAUUUGGAGACACCUAUCGGCCAGAGUGCUUUGUUCCGGCGCCCGAGACGUCCACGAUCUCAUAUGAUGCGAAGGACGGCCCUUACAAACUAGCGUUUGUGAACGGCUUUGCCGGCAACGACUGGCGCAUCCAGGCAAUUCAGUCCGCGAAGGCAUGGGCUGCACGCCCAGAGAAUGCAGGCAAGGUCGAUACGUUCUCCAUUGUGUCGGUUGGAAACGACAGUGCAGCCCAGAUUGCGGCAAUCGACAAUUUCAUUGCCGCAGGUUAUGACGCGAUAACCUUCAUCGCGGUCAAUCCGACGGCAUUCGAGCCGGUCAUCCGGCGUGCCGAGCGCGCCGGUACUAUUCUUGUUCCCUUCGAUAAUGUUCUCGACACCGACAAAGUCGUCCAGGUCAACGAAAGCCAGAAGGAACUUGGCGCGUUGAAGGCGCAGACAGUGAUGGAUAUUUUGGGCGGCAACGCCAAAAAGGUCCUGAUGGUCAACGGAUUGCCUGGCAACGCGACAGAUCGUGACCGCCGCCUCGGCAUGAUGAGCGUGCUGGAACAGGUUGACGGACUGGAAAUCGUUGAAGUCGUCGGAAACUGGGACACUGGCACCAGCCAGAAAGUGGUGGGUGAUGCCCUUGCCACACAUGGUGAGUUCGACGCGGUUGUGUCGCAGCACGGUUCGGCGGGAACGAUCAAUGCCAUGCAGUCGGCAGGGCAUCCUAUUGUGCCCAUGGGUGUCGAUGGUGAAAACGGUGUUCGCAUUCUGAUGGAUGAACUCGACAUACCGGGUGUCUCGGCCAGCCAGGCACCUGCAAUGUCUGCGAUUGCACUUGAAGCGGCCGUCGCCUUGCUUGAAGGCAAUGAGUUGCCACAAACCAUUUACCUGCCAAUUCCGCAGGUCAAGGCUGAAGGCCUGGAGGCCGGGGUGAAUUACUUCCCCGAUCUUCCGAAGUCCUUCAACACGGGCACAGGCUUUGCCGAAUGCUUUGCACCCUUUACGCCUGAGGAAAUCACAGGCCAGGAUCCAGACAACACAUAA